AUGGGGCAUCCUUCACUUUCAAGUGUCUUUGGUGCCUACAUUGAGGAGGAGGGAAAAGGAAAGAUCGCGUGUGUGUUCCUGACGGAGGAGUGCCUCGUAACCCUUGAUGAUUCCAUCAGGAUGGGCUUGUUACAAGACGCUGAACGCAGAAGACAAAUAGUCAUCACGUUGUUCGAGGGACUGGCACAUCUCCACUCGCGCUUUUUGAUUCAUGGAAGGAUCAACCCGAUGAACAUCGUUGCAGACGCUGAAGGCAUUCUCAAGUUCAGGAAUUUCAACCUUACCAGGUUCUCAAUGCUGGUACCGCAAUCUGAAAUGUCGGAAGAGGAGAAGAAAAUGCUUUGCUGGAGAGCGCCGGAGCAGCUCGAGAACGUCAUGGAGACCUCGACGGCUACUGAUAUAUUCUCGAUGGGAUUGAUCUCCGCACUGAUCUUUACUUUGCGUGAUCCAAAGACUGUGCAUGACCUUCAAAAGGAUCUGGACAAGCACUGCUUGGACAAGGAAGAUACUCCAGUGGUUCUAGCUUGUUUGCGAGACGACCCUGUCUUGCGACCAAGUGCUGAGUGCGUAGUGUGCACGAUGGUAACAGGUGUCAAGCUGGAUGAGACUGCUGCCAAAGUUGUGCGGAAUGCUGAGGAUGCCAGA